AAAGCCAGCCAGUGGCCGCAGCGGGCACACGCACGCCCCGCGUCUCCCGCGCACGGCGCCCGGCUCUCCCCACGAGCGCGCACCUCGCGCGCAGACCCGCGUUCGUUCUCCCUCCCUCUCCGGGGUCUCGGCGGUAGCGGCAGCAGCUGGCAGACCGCGCGGGGCAGCACCGUAGCGGCCGCCGCAGGCUGGCCGGCCGGCCAUGGAGGCGGAUGGGGCCGGCGAGCAGAUGAGACCGCUACUCACCAGGGUAACAAGCAGGGGUCCUGAUGAAGAAGCUGUUGUGGAUCUUGGCAAGACCAGCUCAACUGUGAACACCAAGUUUGAAAAGGAAGAACUAGAAAGUCACCGAGCUGUAUAUAUUGGUGUUCAUGUCCCAUUUAGUAAAGAGAGUCGUCGACGUCAUAGGCAUCGUGGGCACAAACAUCACCACCGGAGAAGAAAAGAUAAAGAAUCAGAUAAAGAAGAUGGACGAGAGUCGCCUUCUUAUGAUACACCCUCCCAGAGGGUUCAGUUUAUCCUUGGUACUGAAGAUGAUGAUGAAGAACAUAUUCCCCAUGAUCUCUUCACGGAAAUGGAUGAACUGUGUUACAGAGAUGGAGAAGAAUAUGAAUGGAAAGAAACUGCCAGAUGGCUGAAAUUUGAAGAGGAUGUUGAAGAUGGCGGUGACCGGUGGAGUAAACCUUAUGUGGCAACACUCUCUCUGCAUAGUCUUUUUGAACUAAGGAGCUGCAUCCUAAAUGGAACAGUCAUGCUGGAUAUGAGAGCGAGCACUCUAGAUGAAAUAGCAGAUAUGGUAUUAGAUAACAUGAUAGCCUCUGGCCAGUUAGAUGAAUCCAUCCGAGAGAACGUCCGAGAAGCUCUUCUGAAGCGGCAUCAUCAUCAGAAUGAGAAAAGAUUCGCCAGUCGAAUUCCCCUUGUUCGGUCUUUCGCAGAUAUAGGCAAGAAACAUUCUGACCCUCACUUGCUUGAAAGGAAUGGGGAAGGCCUUUCAGCCUCCCGCCACUCUUUGCGAACAGGUCUGUCUGCCUCAAACCUUUCAUUGAGAGGAGAAUCGCCUUUAUCUCUUCUUCUCAGUCAUCUUCUUCCUUCUUCAAGAGCUGGAACCCCGGCAGGCUCGAGGUGUACAACCCCAGUACCCACCCCUCAGAACAGCCCUCCUUCCAGCCCUAGCACCCGUCGCCUGACUUCCAGAAGUUCCCAACAGAGUCAGCUUCAGGUCCCAGAACUACUGGUUUCACCUGCCAGUGAUGACAUUCCCACAGUAGUAAUUCAUCCGCCAGAGGAAGACUUAGAAGCACUGAAAGGCCAGGAGCAGAAGAAUGAGGAAAAUGUUGACUUAAUUCCAGGUAUUUUGGCCUCUCCUCAGUCUGCUCCAGGAAACUUGGAUAAUAGUAAAAGUGGAGAAAUUAAAGGUAAUGGAAGUGGAGGAAGCAGAGAAAAUAGUACUGUUGACUUCAGCAAGGUUGACAUGAAUUUCAUGAGAAAAAUUCCUUCGGGGGCUGAGGCAUCCAAUGUGCUGGUAGGAGAAGUAGACUUUUUGGAAAGACCUAUAAUUGCAUUUGUGAGACUGGCUCCUGCUGUCCUCCUUACAGGGUUGACUGAGGUCCCUGUGCCUACCAGGUUUUUGUUUCUAUUACUGGGUCCAGCAGGCAAGGCACCUCAGUACCAUGAAAUUGGAAGAUCAAUAGCUACUCUGAUGACAGAUGAGAUAUUUCAUGAUGUAGCUUAUAAAGCAAAAGACAGAAAUGACCUCUUAUCUGGAAUUGAUGAGUUUUUAGAUCAAGUAACUGUCCUACCUCCAGGAGAGUGGGAUCCUUCUAUACGCAUAGAGCCACCAAAAAGUGUUCCUUCUCAGGAAAAGAGAAAGAUCCCUGUGUUUCACAAUGGGUCUGCCCCCACGUCAGGUGAGACUCCCAAAGAGGCCGCUCAUCACGCGGGGCCUGAGCUGCAGCGGACUGGACGGCUUUUUGGUGGUUUGAUACUUGACAUCAAAAGGAAAGCACCUUUUUUCUUGAGUGACUUCAAGGAUGCAUUAAGCCUGCAGUGCCUGGCCUCGAUUCUUUUCCUAUACUGUGCCUGUAUGUCUCCUGUAAUCACUUUUGGAGGGCUGCUUGGAGAAGCUACAGAAGGCAGAAUAAGUGCAAUAGAGUCUCUUUUUGGAGCAUCAUUAACUGGGAUUGCCUAUUCUUUGUUUGCUGGGCAACCUCUGACAAUAUUGGGGAGCACAGGUCCAGUUCUAGUGUUUGAAAAAAUUUUAUUUAAAUUCUGCAGAGAUUAUCACCUUUCUUACCUGUCUUUAAGAACCAGUAUUGGUCUGUGGACUUCUUUUUUGUGCAUUGUUUUGGUUGCAACAGAUGCAAGCAGCCUUGUGUGUUAUAUUACUCGAUUUACAGAGGAGGCUUUUGCAGCUCUCAUUUGUAUCAUAUUCAUCUAUGAGGCUUUGGAGAAGCUCUUUCAUUUAGGUGAAAUAUAUGCAUUUAAUAUGCACAACAACUUAGAUGAACUGACCAGCUACUCAUGUGUGUGUACUGAGCCUCCUAACCCUAGCAAUGAAACGCUAGAGCUGUGGAAUAAAGAGAAUAUAACAGCACACAGUAUUUCCUGGGGAAAUCUCACUGUUUCUGAAUGUAAAACAUUUCAUGGUGUAUUUGUAGGAUCAGCUUGUGGUCUUCAUGGACCUUAUAUUCCAGAUGUUCUCUUUUGGUGUGUCAUCUUGUUUUUUACAACAUUUUUCCUGUCUUCAUUCCUCAAGCAAUUUAAGACCAAGCGUUAUUUUCCUACCAAGGUGCGAUCAACAAUCAGUGACUUUGCUGUAUUUCUCACAAUAGUAAUAAUGGUUGCAAUUGACUACCUUGUAGGAGUUCCAUCUCCUAAACUUCAUGUUCCUGAAAAAUUUGAGCCUACUGAUCCAAAUAGGGGCUGGAUCAUAAGCCCAUUGGGAGACAACCCUUGGUGGACCUUACUAAUAGCUGCUAUUCCUGCUCUGCUUUGUACCAUUCUCAUCUUCAUGGAUCAACAAAUUACAGCUGUAAUCAUCAACAGAAAGGAGCACAAAUUGAAGAAAGGAGCUGGCUAUCACCUUGAUUUGCUCAUGGUUGGUGUUAUGUUGGGAGUUUGCUCUGUCAUGGGACUUCCAUGGUUUGUGGCUGCAACAGUGUUGUCAAUAAGUCAUGUCAACAGCUUGAAAGUUGAAUCUGAAUGUUCUGCUCCAGGGGAACAACCCAAGUUUUUGGGAAUUCGUGAACAGCGGGUUACAGGGCUAAUGAUUUUUAUUCUAAUGGGCCUCUCUGUGUUCAUGACUUCAGUACUAAAGUUUAUUCCAAUGCCUGUUCUGUAUGGUGUUUUCCUUUAUAUGGGAGUUUCCUCAUUAAAAGGAAUCCAGUUUUUUGACCGUAUAAAAUUAUUUGGAAUGCCUGCUAAGCAUCAGCCUGAUUUGAUAUACCUCCGCUAUGUGCCCCUCUGGAAGGUCCACAUUUUCACAGUCAUUCAGCUUACUUGUCUGGUUCUCUUGUGGGUGAUAAAAGCUUCAGCUGCUGCAGUAGUUUUUCCCAUGAUGGUUCUUGCAUUGGUUUUUGUACGCAAGCUUAUGGACUUAUGUUUUACUAAAAGAGAACUUAGUUGGCUUGAUGAUCUCAUGCCAGAAAGUAAGAAAAAGAAAGAAGAUGACAAAAAGAAAAAAGAGAAAGAGGAAGCUGAACGAAUGCUUCAAGAUGAAGAAGAUACUGUGCACCUUCCAUUUGAAGGAGGAAGUCUCUUGCAAAUUCCAGUCAAGGCCCUAAAAUAUAGUGUUGAUCCCUCAGUUGUUAACAUAUCAGAUGAAAUGGCCAAAACUGCACAGUGGAAGGCACUUUCCAUGAAUACUGAGAAUGCCAAAGUAACCAGAUCUAACACGAGCCCUGAAAAACCUGUGAGUGUGAAAAUUAAUAUUGAAGAUCAGCCAAGAAAGAAAUACAUGGAUGCUGAAACUUCAGUAUAGAAUUGAACCAAGAGAAAUUAUAUAGAGAGAGAUAUAUGGAUAUAUACAUAUAUAACGUGUGUGUAUCAUGUCAGUAUAUAACAAUAUUGUACGUCACACUAUUUAUACGUGACUACUGGUUUUUUUAAAGUAAUGUCUGAAGUUUAUUAUGAGCACCAUGGAGACUCUGUAUAUAAUGAAAUGGUCUCUUAGAAGUGAG